AUGGAGAAGAUCAAGAGCGUCCUUCACGGACACAAGAAGGAUGACACGGUUGCCCACGAUGCGCCUACAUCCUCUUCCACUGCUGAGGGCCAGGAACACCCAAUCUACGACAGCCAUACAUCCGAGCGCAAGGCACGGAAUAACACUCCAGGAGAGCCAAUGUACAAUAUAAAGACAACCAGUGGCGCUCCAUACACAGACUUGGCUCACGGAAGCGGCUCAGCAGGCCUUCACGGAAGUGGUGCGCAUGGAACACCCACACAUGUUGGUACCGAUGGUCCUAUUGGGACGACGGCAGCUGCGACCGGAGCUCAUGACCCAAUUCGGACGCAAGAUUACUCCAACACCUCGCAGCCUAUCCAAAGCGGAACCGCGACUGCUGGAGGAGCUCAACGUCCCGAUGCCUACCCCCAUGGUCACACCGCAGACCCGAGCGUCGCGAGCAUCAAGAGCGGCGUCAUUGGAUUUGGUCCGGGAGCCAACCAGGGACAUGCUGCCAUGUCGACACACAACCCCACUCAGGAGUAUCUGGGUCAAGACCAAGUAGUUGGAGGCGGAGAUCAUGGAACUGCCGGAAUGACCAAGGGAGCAGGAAUGACCGAAGGAACAGGCGUUAACCCAGGCCAGACAUAUCCUCAAUCCAGUGCCAUCGGUGGUGACUCAAUAGGCGCUACUCCUGCCUACGCGAGAGAAACCCAACCAUAUGAGAACACUCUGCGACAAGAGAGCUACACCGCUGAUACUGAUCGAUCGUUCCCUCUCGCUGGCGGUGUCAUCUCAAAACCUCACCAAGAUCCGACAUCCACGCAAUACCCGACUGGGCACACCUCCCCUCUCCAGAACAAAGGUAUCAGCGAACUCGACUCUGGCACAACAGAGAGGGCAGUCGGUGUUCAUGACAGCCCCUCUCACGACAGUUAUGGAAGGGAAGGGCUGGCUGGAGCAGCCGCCGCCGCUACUGCCAUUGGCGCUUCUCAGGCACACUCACAGCCAGAGAGGCAGCCAGAGGCACAGGGUGCUCGGAACCGAGGUCUCCAUACUCGCCAGCUUUCAUAUAGACAUGUUGCACCGGGUGACACCACGGGAACUCCUCAGACAGGCAAUGUUUCGAGCCAGAUGACGUCUAGUCACCAUCCCGAAGCUUUGGCAGCUGCAACUGCGGCGGCCACCACUGCAGCCGCUUCGAAUCCUUCCGCUCUUCCCGCAUCUACCCAGGGGAAUGAGGACGGAGCCCGGGAUGUCAACGCGGCAGAAGCUCUUCAGCCUAUCGCUGGAGCUCCGAUGACUGGAAUGUCGAGCACUGGUGACCGCCCAGUAAAUCCCCGACUUGAGUCACAUAGGCAUAUUCCUGGCGAAUACAUUGCUACACCCAGCGACGAGAAGACUUUCCUCAACUACGCCCCUGUUAUUCAAUCCUCCUCCACAGACACAAGCGCACCAAUUGCGGCCGCGGAGCCUACGUCUACAUUGGACCCAUCUCACGUCCAGCCUUCGAGCAUCGACCCCACAUCUACAAGCGAAUCUCAUGAGCUGAGACACACCGGGACACUAGGAGAGCCUCAGUCAAAGUCCGCAGAUGAUCACCACUACGCUCGCGAUGCUGCCAUUGUUGGAGGACUCGGUGCUGGCGCAGCGGGCUUAGGUGCGCAUGCAGCUUCGAAGACCCACGACACCCAGGACGUUGCUGGUAGCCAGCCGUUGUACGAAGAGUCUAGCCCGUACAGUAGCAAAAUGCUCGACCCUCGUGUUUUAGGCGCUUCUAAGCCAGAGGAACAGAGAUUCGAUGAGCAGAGGUUCGAUCCACUGGCCAAAACUGAGACGGCUCCUACCAGUGGUUCAGCUGUUUCUGGCCCUCCUAUCUCACACAACCCGUCCGAGACUACAGACUCACAGCAUAAUUACGGCCGUGAUGCUGCAGUAUUAAGUACAGGUGCUGUAGGAGCCGCUGGAAUGCACCACAUCCUUCAGCAGAAUGAUACUCCUACCACUACUACCUCUGCGAUUCCCGAAAACUCAUCUUACGCUUCUGCCACAGGAUCGAAUGUUGCUGCCCCUCAGCCAACCUCAAACUUCUCUAAGCCGCUCACCACUGCGAGUACCUCUGCCUCUCAACCCGUUGCGAAUGAUCACUUCUACGGUGCCACAGGAGCCCCUGCACCAAUUCCAGAUACGAGUUCACAACAACCAUCAAGUGGUCUAUGUCAGACAUCUACCGCCAGCGCAGUUCCUGAAAGACAUCCUGAGCAUCACUACGGUCGCGAUGCUGGCCUCGCCGGAGCUGGCGCUGCUGCUGCCGGUGGUCUUUAUGCUGCAAACCGUGACAACACCGACAGCGGCCCAGCUUCAAGCACUAUCGGACCUCACUCCAGCAACGCUGCUAACAUCGUGGAUCCUAGGGUUCAGCCAGAGCCAAGCAAACAGAUACACCACAACGUUGGACCAACAGCUGAGGACCCUGCUUCGCGCACGAUCGGCCCUCACAGUAGCAACAUUGCCAAUAUUGUCGACCCAAGAGUUAAGCCUGAUCCAUCCAAGCAAAAGGAGCACACUACAGUUGGACCGCAUCAGUCAGACACGUUGAACCGCCUGGACCCCAAGGUUGACGAGAAAGCUGGCCAGCAGAGUGAGCAUCACUAUGGUCGGGAUGCUGCGUUGGUUGGAGGUGCAGGCGCCGCCGGUUACGGUGCAUACCAAGCUGGCAAUGCGUACGGCGAUCACAAGAUGACACAGCCUGAAGCAUACGAAGCUGGCACUGCGUAUGGUAACCAUAGUAUGACACAGCGAGCACAAGACGCUAUCAAUGCGUACGGCGACCACAAGAUGACUCAGCCUGCCGCUUCCAUGCCAGACCAGAGAUACGAUCCCACGGCUGCCGGCGCACGAGCGACCAACCCAGUUUCUCCAACAAGUCAAUACAACUACAACGACCCCACUACGCAAAGCAAUGUCAACCGCACUGACCCCAACGACCACAUCAACAGGAAUGCUGCGCUUGGAGGAGCAGGUCUUGCAGCUGCUGGAUUGGGAGCAGGAGCUUACGCAGCAUCCAAGCAUGACGACAACACUACUCAACUUCCACUUCGACAGAAGCAAGAUCUUACUUCGUCUGGUCAAACCGCGUACCCAACGCAAGGUAUGGCACAGUCUUCCUAUCCCAUGCACGAGACUACCACAGGCGCAUCGUACCCAACCUCAGGUACCAUCGCACCACACAACACGCAUACCCAGGAAAUGUCAUCUCAACCCUGGGGACCUGGCGCAGUUCCCGUGAACGAUAGCCACGACAAGCGUAACGCCGCUCUUAUCGGUGGCGCCGCAGGUGCAGCGGGCCUAGGUGGUGCAGCUUACAUCAACUCUCAGAACCAAGACGAACGCGAAGCGGAAGAGCGUCUGAAGAAGAUUGCACAUGAUCGCGAGAAGGAGCAGCAUAGACUCGACAAAGAACAGCACAAGCAUGACAAAGAAGUGCACAAACACGACAAGGCCGUCGCAGCACACGAGAAAGACGAGCAUCGUCUGGCUAAGGAACACGAAAAGGAGCAAGCGCGUCUGGUCAAGGAGCAACAUCACCGUGAGAAGGAGCUUGAGAAGGAGAACGAAGGCGAGGAGAAGAAGAAGCACGGCCUUCUUGGAUUCCUGCACCGUGAUAAGUCCAAGAAAGAAAAGUCGACUGCUAGUCCUGAGUCCUCACCGCGCCAGUCUCGCGACUACAGUCCUAGACACUCCAGAGAUUAUGGCGAUGAUCAUCCCGACUCACCACGCUGGAAGGGCAAGCACCUUCUUCACAAGGACCCACCGAAGGGCCACCCCGCCCGUGAAGCUAUGGAGCACCAGCAGAUGACCGAAUCGACUGGUUCGGUAGGAAAGAGGGAGCACAUGGGUGUUGAUGGUCCCAUUGGCAACCCAACCAUGAUCUCGGGUGAUCGCGAAACUCAGCAUGGCGUCUACGGUGCGCAUCCCAUCUCGGAUCUAGAACGCGACAACACGGUCACUGAGCCACACACUGGUCUGCCCAUGAACACCGGGCGCUUCGGCACCGGUGCUGGCGGAACUGACGGUAACCCUGCCAUUCAUGGUGUCCACGAACAUUCUGGUCCGGCACCGGGUCAGAGCACUACGGAUUGGGAGGCCAUCAGGAAGGGCAACACACCAUACUGA